UCUCACUUUUUCCUUGAGAAUAUAAGAAUAGGUAUGGGAGAAAAGUAUGGAACUGUGAAGAUUCUUCGAGAAUCAUCAACUUCUGGAGUCUUCAACUUGAUCUUAAACCGACCAUCUGUCAGUAAUGCACUUUCACUCGACUUCUUUAGCGAAUUCCCCAAAGCUCUUGAUGCUCUCGACCAGAACCCUGAUGUCGUCGUUAUCGUUCUGUCCGGGGCCGGGAAUCACUUCUGUGGAGGCCUCGAUCUUAAAAGCGUUGCAGCUAUCGCCAACAAUAGCUCCGGAGAUCACGGGCGCACGAUGGCAAUGGGUCGGGUCGGGUUACGAAGACAACUCAAGUUCAUGCAAGACGCGAUCACCGCCAUCGAGCGGUGUCGGAAGCCGGUAAUCGCGGCGAUACAGGGAGAAUGUCGUGGCCUGGGGGUCGACAUAGUGACGGCCUGUGACAUAAGGUACUGUAGUAAAGAUGCGUUCUUUUCUGUCAAGGAAGUGGAUAUGGGCAUCACAGCUGAUGUCGGUACCCUCCAGAGGUUGCCUGGGAUAGUAGGGUUUGGGAACGCUAUGGAGCUGUCGUUGACGGCCAGGAGGUUCUCGGGUGAGGAGGCCAAGGAAUUGGGUCUGGUUUCUCGGGUUUUCGGGUCAAAGGUGGAGCUGAAGGAAGGCGUUCGCACCAUCGCAGAAGGAAUCGGAGAGAAGCCGCCGCUUGCGGUGGUGGGAACAAAAGCGGUGUUGAUAAGAAGCAGGGAUGUGAGUGUGGAACAAGGGUUGGAUUACGUAGCAACUUGGAACUCUUCCAUGCUUCUGUCCGAUGAUCUAAACCAGGCCAUCUCUGCUUACACGCACAAAAGGAAACCUACUUAUGCUAAGCUUUGAAUUCUAUA